UGGAUGACUUAAUUCUGGGCUCCACCUGCAGGCAGAUACUUGCAACUGCAUGAUGUGAAUGCAAAUGUUUUAACUUAUUACAGGCCCUAUCUUACAUUUUUACUUUCAAAUGUUUUCUAAACAAUGAAAGUGACUUUUUUUAAUUGCAUUAAAUGUUUCACAACUUAAUAUAUUGCUGUGUCAGUUUUUGAGUACUUAAGUUAACAAAUAUUAGGUUCGUUGUUUUAGGAUGUAGCAUCAACUAAAAAAUGAAUCAAAAACAAAAGGGAUACAAACUCAUGCCAUUCUUAAGCUUUUUUUUGUCCUAUAGCUUUUUGUCAUUGUUGUAUAGCUUGUUUUUGUUUUGAGUGUUCCUGCUGUCUCGAGAAUACGAAAUCAUGUACUUUUAUUUUGUAAAUUCCAACCGGAAAUGCCAUGCCUAAUUCUGACCCCUGAGUGGACAGAGCAGCGGCUGGAAACCGUUUGAAAAUCCCCCACACCCUUGCAUCCUUCUCUGCGGAGCAGUGGACGAAGUGUCCUGCUGAGCAGAUCGAACAUGGUGGACCGUGAAAGCGACGUGAUGUGUUCACGGACAGGUUACGAUUCCGCGUCAGGGUCUGGAUAUGGACCUAACAUCGAUUGUUCUUGGUUUAACGCGGCGCCUGUUUGCGAUGAGCGUAAAGUAAAGAAGAGAAGGAGAGUGUUCUGCCUGAGGAGGACCAGGUCCCGCUCCAGCAGCGGAGAGGAGCAGGAGAAGGAGCAGGAGCAGCAGAGCUUCACCACCAACAACAACAUGCCGUUCAUGAUCCACAGUCACAUCAGCAAAGAAAUCAAACACAUCUGCAGAAACUGCCGAGCAGCGGAGCCGCUGGACGCUGAGGAGGUGGGGAGACUGGCAGCCAUGCGCUCUGAUUCGCUGGUGCCUGGCACGCACACGCCUCCCAUCCGCCGGCGGAGCAAAUUUGCCACUCUGGGACGUCUUUUCAAACCCUGGAAAUGGAGGAAAAAGAAAAGCGAGAAGUUCAAGCAGACGUCCGCAGUUCUGGAGAGGAAAAUGUCUACUCGCCAGAGCAGAGAAGAACUUAUCAAGAAAGGAGUUCUGAAGGAGGUGUAUGAAAAAGAAAGUACAUCACCCGCCUUAAGAGAGGAGGUGAAAAUGGAGAAUGGACGUUCUCCAGUGCUGGGCUCCGACCUGUCAGAGGCUGAAGGUACCGAGCUGAUGGAGGGAGCAGCAGCUGUAGGUCCAGUGGAGUUUCAGAUGGUCAGUGACAACACAAGUCAACAGGACCAGAGGUCCAGCCAAGCUCCGCCCACAAAGAAGUCAAACGUAUAUUCAGAUGACGCUGUCGAAUCGACACUCUCCAGACCUCCAACUCUACACAAACAACCUCCCGCGCUGCCACCGAAACCAUUUACCAGGAUACCAAACCACAUUACAGAUGGGGCUCCGAUCAGGUUGCCAUGUAUGUCAGUGAAGCUGUCGCCUCCUCUACCUCCAAAGAAGCUCAUGAUCACCGUACCUACAGGCAGCAUGGAGCCCUCACCGCUUACCUUCCAGAGGUGCCCUGCUCCCCCCAGCCACAUCACGAUGGGAGGUCAUUCGCUGCAGUACGGGGCGCUUCCGCUUCACCCACCAAGUCGAAUCAUUGAGGAGCUCAACAAAACACUGGCGCUCACCAUGCAGAGGUUUGAGAGCUCCAUGAUGCAUGCCGUUCCCACGCUGAUGAUCGAGUGCGACAACGACAAAGAGAACCUCCCCAACGAAGCAGACUACGAGGACAUGCCAGGCAUGUAUAAGGAUGAGGAGGAGGAGGAGGAAGAAGAUGAUGAUGAGGAGGAGGAUGAGGAAGAAGAAGAGGAAGAAGAUGAAGCACUAUUUACAAGUACACUAGCCAUGAAGGUCCUACGAAAGGACUCUCUCGCCAUCAAGCUGAGUAACCGUCCGUCCAAGCGGGAGCUGGAGGACAAGAACAUCCUGCCGCUGCAGUCCGACCAGGAGAGGUUUGAAUCCAGACAACAAACAGCCACCAAACUGACCAGACGCUUGAGUCAAAGGCCGACAGCAGAGGAGCUGGAGCAGAGGAACAUACUGAAACCUCGAAAUGAUCAGGAUGAGCAGGAGGAGAAGCGGGAGAUCAAGAGACAUUUGUCCAAAAAGCUCAGUCAGAGGCCGACAGUCGAGGAGCUGAGAGAAGCAAAGAUCCUCAUUCGCUUCAGUGACUACGUGGAGGUGGCUGAAGCUCAGGACUACGACAGGAGAGCAGACAAGCCGUGGACGCGACUAACAGCUGCUGAUAAGGCUGCAAUAAGAAAGGAGCUAAAUGAGUUCAAAAGCACAGAGAUGGAGGUGCACGAGUCCAGCCGACAUCUGACCAGGUUUCAUAGACCAUAAAUCAACUCCGAUUCUUCAGAUGGCUGCUGUUGGGUUUGAACUGAAGCAUCAAGUGCUCAGACGGCUACUCUCUGACCUGGUUCUGAAAACUGCAACCCUUUCAAGCGCCCACUUCCAGACUGAGGUUGACAUCAACACUACAUGACUUUGAGCCAUCAUAGGAGAGUGAGGCAACGAAAAAACAAAUAAGAAGAUUCACAGCUGGAGUCUUCUAGAUCUGGAGAUUUGACAGACUCUUGAGAAAAAAAUCUCUUCGAAAACGUUUUAAAUUGUCUUUUCUAUGAGACUGAGACGGCAAUAUGUUUACUUUCAGCACUUUUGUUUCUGUGACUGACUGGUGGUGGCAGUCUGUGCCAACGUGGAGGAUCAGGAAGAGUUUAAAGUGAAGCUUUCACCUUGGUCUUGGUCUCUGUUGAACUUGAACUUGAUUUAUUAUUUUUCCUGAAACAAAUCUCAUCUCAAUUUCCUUCAUCUCUUCUUCUUUUCGCCAGGGGCAGGAUUUUUGAACAGCUUACAAGGCUGAGGCCAGUUGGAGCUUAAAGCCAAAAUGUCCUAAAAAUUAUGAGCAACUUUCCAAAAUUGCUACUUUAAAGCCAGUGACUAAAAAGACAACAUUCUUCUACAGCAUUGACGUCAGUCUCCUGAGCAAUAAUUUCACAUUUUCUCAUUGUUUCUGAAUCCAUUAACAAGUCACAUUCAAAUCCUGCUUGGAAUCCAGAAUUCCGACCAAAGCAACUGGACUUGCUUUGAGCGUCUUUGCUUAGAAUCUUAAAUGCAUCCCUGACAACUGCUACCCAGAGUUGUGUGAGCCACCAUGUCUGUCACUGUGCCUACAGUAGUUUUACAGGGAUUCAAAAAAAGUUGCCAAAUUCACACAUUUCCUCACGAACACAGUCAUGUGGUGACAAACCUUUUUGGUGAAUUACAUUCAGAGAUGUUUUGUACCUCAUUAGGGUUUCAGAGUCCUUACGCU